AUGAUAUCCUCUGUCCUAUUUUUGGGACUUAUUUCUCUCAUUGGUACUUCUAAGGGCUUGUACUCUUUAACUCACUCUAUGAAUCCUCACCUGCACCCUCGCCUGUACCAUGGCUGCUAUGGUGACAUCCUGACCAUGGAAACCCCUGGGGCCUCCUGUGAUAUAACAAGGUUGAUUAAUUGUGGGAUCCGUGGUUCUGAAAUGUUUGCUGAGAUGGAUUUGAGGGCCAUAAAGCCUUACCAAACUCUGAUCAAAGAAGUUGGGCUGAGGUAUUGUGUGGACCCAGCUCUCAUUGCAGCCAUCAUCUCCAGAGAAAGCCAUGGUGGAACUGUCCUGAAAGAUGGCUGGGACCACAGGGGACAUAAGUUUGGCUUGAUGCAGCUUGAUAAACAAAUUUACAAACCUGUUGGUGCCUGGGACAGCAAAGAACACCUUUUGCAGGCUGUUGGGAUUCUCACAGACAGAAUUAAGAUGAUCCAGAAAAAAUUCCCCACGUGGACUGUGGCUCAACACCUCAAAGGUGGUCUCUCGGCCUAUAAGUCAGGAGCUGAUGCAAUUGUCACCCCCAUGGACAUAGACAAUGACUUGGUCAAUGAUCUUCUUGCCAGAGCUAAAUUCUAUAAAAGACAUAGCUUCUAG